UACCCAUGUUGUAUGCUCUCUUCUAAUCGCCGAUAUUAUGAGGCAAGAGUGAAAACAAAUUUCGAUCAUGGUUUCACACCUGAAAAAGAGUUGACAUACAGGCAACAGGCGACAAGGUUUAUCCAGAUCAUGGUUGAUCAGCUGAACCACAAUGUUCGUGACCAAAGGGGGAAAAUAUCUCAAUUAUGUAUGUGUGCUGCAAUCAUGCACAUGCAUCGAUUCUUUUGUUUUCACUCCUUCAAGUUUUUCGACUACAGGGACGUUGCGGCUGCGUGUUUGUUUCUAGCCGGUAAGAGUGAAGAAUGCCCGAGAAAAUUGGAUCACAUUGUUCGCGUCUGGUGGUCGAAGAAGUUCGAACGGCAUCCUGCGAUUCCUUCGAAUAAUGUAAGCUUUAUUAUACUACUCGAUUUUAAUACCGAUGUGUGUUUAGUCAAACUACAAAAGGCUUAUUCUGACUCAGUUAAUCCUCCUUUGUUAUUUCUUCCUAGUUCUUUAAAUGUUGCCCGGAGGAAUAAGAGGAAAUGGGAGGUUUUUUUUGUCCGUGGAUUAAUUGUGUUCGAUCGCAUAUACACGUUGUUGCAAAGUAAUUGUGGUGGCACUUAUGACAUAUGGUGA